AUGAGCAACAGGGGAGGGAAUCAAAUAAGGGUAAGCAGUCUACCCACUGCUCAGAGCACCAACUGCUUUGCUGAUUUGUGGUAUUUUUUCCCCUCCAGUAUCACUGCAUUACUCAGACACAGGACACUGGUUUCUUCAUAUCGAGGAAAACUAAAAUUCAUCUAACAACACUCAGAAUGGGAAAAGAUUAUUAUUCAAUUUUGGGAAUUGAAAAGGGGGCUUCUGAAGAAGAUAUCAAAAAGGCUUACAGAAAACAAGCCCUUAAAUGGCAUCCGGAUAAGAACAAUUCCCCCCACGCAGAGGAAAAAUUCAAAGAGGUUGCAGAAGCCUAUGAAGUGCUGAGUGAUCCCAAAAAGAGAGACAUUUAUGAUCAGUUUGGGGAGGAAGGGUUGAAAGGAGGAGCUGGAGGACCCGAUGGACAGGGUGGCACCUUUCGAUACUCUUUCCAUGGUGACCCACAUGCCACAUUUGCAGCAUUUUUUGGUGGCACAAAUCCUUUUGAGAUCUUCUUUGGGAGAAGAAUGCCUGGUGGCAGAGACACUGAAGACAUGGAAGUGGAUGGAGAUCCUUUUGGAUCCUUCACUAGUUUUAGCAUGAAUGGAUUUCCAAGAGAGAGGAAUACAGUUGGUAGCCAGCCUCGUCGUAAACAAGAUCCCCCGAUUAUCCAUGAACUUAAAGUAUCAUUGGAAGAGAUAUAUCAUGGCUGCACAAAAAGGAUGAGAAUUUCCCGAAAAAGGCUGAACCCAGAUGGCAGAAGUGUCCGAACAGAGGACAAAAUCCUCACCAUUGAGAUCAAGAGAGGGUGGAAAGAAGGCACCAAAAUCACUUUCCCAAAAGAAGGUGAUGAAACACCCAACACUAUCCCAGCCGAUAUUGUUUUUGUCAUUAAAGACAAAAGUCACUCGCUCUUCAAGAGAGAUGGUUCAAAUAUUAUCUAUCCUGUUAAAAUCAGUUUGCGGGAGGCUUUAUGUGGCAGCUCGGUCACCGUGCCAACAAUAGAAGGAAGAACCAUACCUAUGACAAUAAAUGAGGUUGUAAAGCCUGGGAUGAGGAGAAGAAUUAUAGGAUAUGGGUUGCCAUUUCCCAAAAAUCCCGACCAACGUGGCGACUUAAUUAUAGAAUUUGAAGUAAAUUUCCCAGACAAUAUACCGCCAGCAUCAAAAGAAGUACUUAGGAGAAAUCUUCCUGUUUCAUAA